AGUUAAACUCCGCAAAGAUAUCAAGUAAUAGACUUCCCUUAUCUGGAGUUCAUAGCUAUAUAAACAUAUUUCUUGAUGUUGGAUAUUUCAUUGUUACACAUCAUCUUCUACUCAACUACUAACCCCGGAUAAAAAUGUCGCUUCCCGAGACCUAUCGAGCGUUCAGACGUAGUACGGGCGAUCUUCCGAGGACCAUUGAACUGUCUAUUGAGAAGGUACCACGAGAUCUUGGACUAAAUGAUGUUUUGAUCAAAAUUCACGCUGUCUCUCUCAACUUCCGCGAUGUUGCCAUGCUGAACGGGCUGUAUCCGGUGGAAGUAGAGGAGCGAGGCAUUCCUUGCUCUGACGCUGCCGCCGAGGUUGUCGCAAUUGGGUCGGCGGUUAAAGACUUUUCUGCCGGAGAUCAUGUCUCGGUUAUAUUUGACCUCAACAAUAUGACAGGAUAUGAAGAUGAACCCCCUUGCUCCCUUGGUGGAGACACUCCUGGUGUUCUUCGUGAAUUCGCCAUUUAUCAAGACAAGCAUCUGGUGCAGCUACCUAAGCAUAUACCCUGGGAAGAGGCUGCUACUAUCACCUGCGCUGGCGUCACGGCAUGGACGUCUCUUGACAGCCUGACUACGGUAUCCAGGUCGCGCAGCGUCCUCCUACAAGGUACGGGAGGCGUCAGCAUGUUUGCCCUGCUACUUUGUGUUGCGGCGGGCAUCCAACCAAUCAUCACAUCUUCGUCCGACGAGAAGCUUGAAGCCAUCAAGAAACUCGGCUCUAAAGUCCGCGGUAUCAACUACAAAACUACCCAGGAUCAAGCAUCAGAAGUCAAACGCCUGACAGACGGCCGGGGCGUCGACUUUGUAAUUAACAACACCGGCCCAGCGUCUAUUCCCACGGAUAUUAGCUUCUUGCGUCAGCGAGGCGGUACAGUGUCCCUGGUUGGCUUUCUAGACGGCGUUGGUGGUGAUUGGCAGCCUGCUGCUAUUAUGGCAUUGAUGGGGAAGUCUGCUAGAAUUAAGGGAAUUGCCACUGGCUCUAAGGAGGAUUAUCUGAACCUGAAUCAGUUCCUACAAGAGAAGAAGGUUUCCCUUGCUCCGCUUGUGGAUCGUGUUUUCUCGUUCAAUGAGUCGCCAGCAGCUUUUGACUAUCUUUACUCUGGCAAGCAUGUAGGCAAGGUUGUCAUCAAAAUCUAGCACUGCAUUUCACUUUUGUAUUUCACGGAGAGCCAAUGAGUAUUGAAAUGCAGACUGUAGCCCUGAACGCGUUGAUGAGAGAAUUAUCUAGUGCUUGAUUACAUACCACCAGAGAGCCGACAACCAUGCAAUCGCGAUAGGCGCCCUCUACACCGGUGAUGACGGC